AUGGCUGGCGACGAAACACUGCAAAAAGAACCAGAACAAGACCAAUCGGGAUCGGAGGACGACGUGGAGGAGACGGUCCCCGAUAUCCAGAUCGACGUUACAACGCUGACGCCGUUGUCCCCGCAAGUCAUUUCCAAACAGGCAACGAUUAAUCUGGGGACGAUCGGACAUGUCGCUCACGGGAAGUCGACCGUGGUCAAGGCCAUCUCAGGCGUGAUGACGGUGCGGUUCAAAAAUGAGCUAGUAAGAAACAUCACUAUCAAAUUGGGGUAUGCGAAUGCGAAAAUAUACAAAUGCGAAAAUGCUGCAUGUCCUCGACCAGGCUGUUAUCGGUCGUAUCGGUCCGACAAGGAGGACAACCCGCCCUGCGAGCGGCCUGGCUGCAACUCGCGCAUGAAGCUCAUUCGGCAUGUGUCCUUUGUCGACUGCCCUGGCCAUGACAUUCUCAUGGCGACGAUGUUGAACGGGGCGGCCGUGAUGGACGCAGCGCUGUUGUUGAUUGCGGGGAACGAAACAUGUCCCCAGCCACAAACGAGCGAGCAUCUGGCGGCAGUGGAAAUCAUGAAGCUCGAACAUAUCAUUAUAUUACAGAACAAGGUCGAUCUUAUCAAGGAGACCCAGGCGUUGGAGCACCAGAAGAGCAUUGCCGCGUUUGUCAAGGGCACUGUCGCCGAAUCCUCACCCAUUGUCCCCAUCUCCGCCCAACUGAAGUAUAACAUCGACGCGGUCAACGAAUACAUCGUCAAGCGGAUCCCCAUUCCCGUGCGGGACUUCACCUCUGACCCGCGUCUGAUUGUCAUCCGCUCGUUUGACGUAAACAAGCCUGGCGCUGAAGUCGACGACCUCAAAGGCGGUGUGGCGGGUGGGUCAAUUCUGACGGGUGUCUUGAAAAUCGGCAUGGACGUCGAGAUCCGGCCUGGGGUGGUCACAAAGGACAACCAGGGCCGCACGAAAUGCACGCCCAUAUUCAGCAAGAUUAUGUCCCUCCAUGCAGAGAACAAUCUCCUCCAGUUUGCCGUCCCUGGAGGCCUGAUUGGUGUCGGCACUCGGAUAGACCCGACACUUUGUAGAGCAGACAGAUUGGUGGGGCAGGUACUGGGGUCGGUGGGCAAGCUGCCGAGUAUAUAUACCGAACUCGAAAUCAACCUGUUCCUCCUGCGCCGGCUGUUGGGUGUCAAAACGGACGACAAGAAGCAGACGAAGGUGUCGAAGCUGGUGAAGAACGAGCUGCUUCUGAUCAACAUCGGGUCUACCUCCACUGGCGGGCGAGUGCUCAACAUCAAGGCGGACUUGGCCAAGAUCCAGCUGACAGCGCCGGCCUGCACGGAAAUCGGCGAGAAGGUUGCGUUGUCGCGGAGAAUCGAGAAGCACUGGCGGCUUGUGGGGUGGGGGAGUGUGCAGCGCGGGACGGUGCUAGAGGUCGAUUAG